ACUCUCUCUCCCCGUGUCGCUGGGCUGCUGUGCUCAGCACUCCAUUGAGGAUAAGUAUAUCUACAGGGGAACCGUUUGAGAGGACACAACCUUCAACAUGAGUAAGCUACAAAGUGAUGCUGUCCGAGAGGCCAUUUCCCAGAUUGUUGGUGAAGCAAAGGAGAAAAAUCGUAACUUCACUGAGACCAUUGAGCUCCAGAUUGGGUUGAAGAAUUAUGAUCCCCAGAAAGACAAGCGUUUCAGUGGUUCUGUGAAAUUGCCACACAUUCCUCAUCCCAAGAUGAAGGUUUGCCUGCUUGGGGAUGCUCAACAUGUGGAAGAGGCAGAGAAGAUUGGACUUGAGUAUAUGGAUGUGGAAGGGUUGAAGAAGCUCAACAAAAACAAGAAAUUGGUCAAGAAGCUAGCCAAGAAGUACCAUACCUUCUUAGCAUCCGAAGCUGUUAUCAAGCAGAUCCCUCGUCUUUUGGGACCUGGUCUCAAUAAGGCAGGCAAGUGAUCAAACUAAGAUUUGGAAGUGUUUGGGGGAUGUAUCUUGAUUAGUUGACUAAUUUUUAUCGGAUUAAAAACACUGAGAAAAUAACUGAUGAUGGAGAGAUAAUAAUGCGAGAGAUAUUGAUUGAUGAAAAUUAACUUUGAAUAAGAUAGCAAAAACAUAUAACAUUCACUUCCGUGUUAAUAGACUCUAUGGCCCUUUGAUAGUUUAUGAUUGAUCAUACUUGCAAAACAAGAUUCAUGUAGUCAACUGCAAAUAGUUGGUUAUGAUUGUGUUGAGUUGAGGACUUUGUAAGAUUGACUUGUGACUAUUUUUCGAUAUUCAUGCUUUUCUUGGGUGAAUCAGAGAAUAUUGCUGAUUUUGCUCUAACCUUGUACAGAAAUCAUGUUACAUUUUCUGCUUUCAAUUCAAUUUUUUUGCUAAGCUUGCUUUUAGGCCUUUACCUUAAAAAUGGCUUGAUUUAAUAAUAAGAGCCUUUUGAUUUAGUUAACAACACUAAGCAGGACAUUUGAACUCUGGUGACUCAUCAGGAAUCCUUGGAGUCAAAAGUUAAUGAAACAAAAGCUACUGUGAAGUUUCAACUUAAGAAGUUCUUU